AAGUCCGUGACCGUUUUCGCCAGAUCAUUGCGGCGGACUUUAGAUUCACCCGCCUCUUACUCGCUACAACAGCGAGAACACAUGUUGAAAAAGCGACGCACAUGGCGUGAAAGUGAGAUGCCUUAGUUUAAUGGUUUUUGGGAGCAAAUUAAGUUAUGGCAGAUACACAGACAUUACCGAACUAUAGCUACACGACCGACAAAGACUAUGGAAGGCCAAAGAAAGAACAACAUCCCCCAUUACAAGAGCUGACAAAGCCUCAUACAGACUCCUUUAAUUACAUGUUGCGAGAAGGACUGACGAAAGCAGUACAGAACAUAGAACCAGUAGAGUUUGUCCUUCCCAAUGACGACAAGAUUGCGCUUUUCAUUAGGGAUGCGACAGUGUUCAGUCCCGCAGUGGUGCAAACCAACAUCCACGCCACCUCCCUGAAGGUCUACCCAGCUGAGUGUCGAGAACGUGGGGUGACCUACAAGGGGAGACUUUUAGUGAAUUUGGUAUGGCAGGUGAAUGGACAAGUGAUGGGAAACACAGAGCGAGUGAUCGGUGAAGUGCCAAUCAUGGUCAAGUCCGAGAUCUGUAACUUACACAAGCUGGGUCCUGCAGAACUGAUACGUCGUGGGGAAGAAACAGAGGAGAUGGGAGGAUAUUUCAUCGUUAACGGAAUAGAAAGAAUUAUCCGUAUGCUCAUCAUGCCCAGGAGAAAUUUUCCCAUGUGUAUCGUACGUCCGUCCUGGAAAAACCGUGGCAACCAGUACACAGAGUUUGGCAUCUCCCUACGCUGUGUGACGGAGGACCAGUCAGGAGCGAACCAUGUACUGCAUUACCUAUCCAACGGUACAGCCUCCCUAAGCUUCACUUACCAAAAGGAGCAGUUCUUUGUUCCGGUUGUCUUCAUUCUCAAGGGUCUGCUGAAGGUGACUGAUAAACACAUCUACAACCAGCUGAUAGCGGGCAGAGAGGAUGACUCUUUCUACAGAGGCUGUGUUAUCUUCAUGCUGAGGCAGGCAUUGGAUGAAGGGUUGACCAAUCAGAAGACAGUCCUCAAACACAUCGGGGAACGAUUCCGUCCCAAACUGCGAAAACCAGAGUGGUACUCUGAUGAGGAUCUUGGGAGACAUUUGUUUCGACAUUGUGUGUGCUUUCAUCUCCACUCCAAUGUGGAAAAGUUCAACCUUUUAGUGUACAUGACACAGAAACUGUUCGUGUUUGCCAAAGGUGGCUGUGCCACAGAGAGUGCGGAUAAUCCCAUGAACCAGGAGGUGCUGCUAGGGGGUCAUCUCUACCUCAUGGUGCUCAAGGAGAAGAUAGAAUCUUGGCUUCAUUCUCUUAGGACAUCCAUUGAAAGGACAGCCAAAGGAAAAGGCACUGCUUUGGAUGUAAACCUGGGUACAAUUUCUGAUGCAUGUCGGCAUGGCCUAGAGGUGACCAAACCCAUGGAGUAUCUCAUGGCCACAGGGAACCUGGUAUCCAGAACAGGACUGGGCCUUAUGCAGGCCACAGGUCUGACUGUUGUAGCCGACAAACUGAACUUCAUGCGUUACAUAUCUCACUUCCGAUGUAUUCAUCGCGGAGCGUUUUUCGCACAAAUGAGGACGACAGCCGUUCGUAAACUUCUACCCGAGGCCUGGGGUUUCCUGUGCCCCGUACACACACCCGAUGGAACCCCCUGUGGACUGAUGAACCACAUGUCUGCUCUCUGCCAGAUUGUGAACAUUCAGUUCCGUGUGGCCCACCUCCCGAGAGUUCUCGUGGCAUUAGGGAUAUGCCCGUUUGAUGGGCCAUUACCAGCUCCCGUGAAGGAAUGCUACACUGUGCUGCUGGAUGGGAAAGUCUGUGGCUACGUCCCCGAUGAACAUGCGCAGGAUUUAGAGCGAAGGUUACGGGUCAUGAAGGUUCAAGGUCAGGAAAAGAUUCCACCACUGAUAGAAAUCUGUCUUGUGCCCAAAACAAAAGUGGCUAGUCAGUACCCAGGAUUGUACAUCUUUACCGGCUUAGCGCGGAUGAUGAGACCCGUUACAAACCUGGCGCUGAAUAAGGUGGAGAUGAUAGGCACAUUUGAACAAGUUUACAUGAACAUAGCCAUAGUACCAGAGGAGAUGGAGGUAGCCGUAACGACCCACCAGGAGCUUAAUGAGCAGAGCAUGCUGAGUGCCGUCGCCAGCUUUACACCUUUUUCUGACUUCAACCAAAGUCCCAGGAAUAUGUACCAGUGUCAGAUGGGUAAACAAACGAUGGGCACACCUCUUCAUGCCUUCACUCACCGCGCGGACAACAAACUGUACAGGAUCCUCUUCCCACAAACCCCUAUGGUCCGACCAAUCAUCUAUGACCAGUACAAGGUGGAUAACUACCCGUUGGGAACCAACGCUAUUGUGGCUGUCAUCUCGUACACGGGCUACGACAUGGAGGAUGCAAUGUGUCUGAACAAGGCUUCAUAUGAGAGAGGUUUUGCUCACGGGGUGAUCUACAAGUCAGAGUUCAUAGACCUAAACGGGAAAGUCAGCUUGGUAUUUGGCUGUAAGCCAGGUGAGAAGGGGUCGGAUAGGUUAAACGAGGAUGGACUGCCACCGGUGGGGAUUUACCUGGAGGAGGGUGACCCUUACUACAGCUACAUUAACAUACAGACAGGAGAGUGCAGGGUGGUGAAGUACAAACAUCAAGAACCAGCCUACGUGGAGCAGAUCAAAAUCCUGGCUAACGACUCGGGGACGACGGAACUACAGAAAGUCUGCAUUGUUCUGCGAAUGCCGAGAAACCCCAUCAUAGGGGACAAGUUUGCCAGCCGACAUGGUCAAAAAGGAAUCUGCAGCAUGAAGUGGCCAGUGGAGAAUAUGCCUUUCACGGAGUCUGGGAUGGUACCUGAUAUCAUUUUCAACCCUCAUGGAUUCCCCUCCAGAAUGACCAUUGGCAUGAUGAUAGAGAGCAUGGCAGGGAAGUCUGGGGCAUGUCACGGUCUCUGCCACGAUGCUACUCCAUUCCAGUUUUCUGAGGAACACCCUGCCAUCCAUUACUUUGGGGAUUUGCUGACUGCUGCUGGUUACAAUUACUACGGGACGGAGCGUCUGUACUCGGGGAUCGAUGGACGGGAGUUUGAAGCGGACAUCUUCAUAGGGGUUGUAUACUACCAGAGACUAAGGCACAUGGUUUCGGACAAGUUUCAGGUACGAACAACAGGUCCUAUUGACAAUCUUACGCAUCAGCCAGUCAAGGGACGCAAGCGCGCAGGAGGGAUACGUUUUGGGGAGAUGGAGCGUGAUGGUCUCAUUGCCCACGGGACUGCUUUUCUACUACAGGAUCGUCUCCUGAACUGCUCUGACAGAUCACAGGUGCACCUCUGUACCCGCUGCGGGAGCAUCCUCUCCCCGACCAUGGAGAAGCCAGUCUCGUCCUCAGCCGUGGCGUCGUACGAAAUGACACGGCACUGGAAGUGUGGCGUGUGUGAGUCGCGCGAACACAUAGAACUGAUCACAGUGCCCUACGUGUUUAGGUACUUGGUGGCGGAGCUCGCUGCCAUGAACAUAAAGGUGGAGCUGGAGGUGACGUGAAGUCUGCCGCGUGAACGAGGUGAAGUUUCCUCACUGUGGAUUCUGAAGUCUGGGACGUGAAUAAGGAAAGUUUUUCAGCACGGAAGAUGAAGUUUGUGGCAAGAAGAAGUAGAAUUGUGUUGCUGAACUGUAUACAAACUGCUGAAGGGCAAGAAGUUGCUUUCCUGAAAUAACAUUUCACAUGCAGGACUUCCAAUAUUUCUGCUGAAGGAGACAUCUAAUCUUGCUUGUGCAAAACUGUAUGAAAUCUGGUUGAGUGCAGGAGAUGUUGUGGUGAACUGCAUAAAA